GGAAGGUCAUAUAGCCGCCAUUACGGGGGAAUAUGGUAAAGACUGGAUCUAUUUUCCGGAUGGAGAUGGUAUACCACAUUUUGUUAAUUUAUCAACAUUUUCAUAUUCUUCGAUGAAAACGGAACAGGAUAUAGAGUUUAGACUUUACAGCAUGAAAGACCCUGACAAUUAUAUUGUUUUGGAUGAAUCGGCAAUGCUCACAGAUGACGCAAUGGGUGUCCUUUUUAACAAUGCCCCAUUAAAAGUUAUAACCCACGGAUGGAUGUCAAAUGCCGACAAAAGCGCUGUGAUGAACAUAAAAAAUUCGUAUUUCAUUGCACGCACCAACGUCAACGUUAUUGCUGUGGACUGGAGUGGAUACUCAAUGAACUAUUAUUACAUGUCGGCUGCAAGUCAAACAAAAGCUGUUGGCCGCAAAAUAGCUCAAUUUCUGAAUUCAAUGCACAGGAGGUUUAACAUUUCCGGUGAUCAAAUGCAUCUAAUUGGACAUAGUCUAGGCGCACACGUAAUGGGAAUUGCAGGUUAUGAGUCGGAAAUCAAAAUUGGCCGAGUCACAGGCCUUGAUCCAGCAUUACCAAUGUUUGAAAAUAUACAAAAUCAAAAAACAAGGCUGGACUAUGCGGAUGCAAAGUUUGUAGAUGUGAUUCAUACGUGUGGAGGAGUACUUGGCUUUUGGGAUGCAAUUGGUCAAGCUGAUUUUUAUCCAAAUAAUGGAAAGGCACCCCAACCGGGAUGCAACAUUCAAAAUAUAUUUCACUGGGAUGCUUGUAGUCAUGGCAGAGCGCAUAUUUACUUCGCUGAAUCCAUUAUAAAUCCUAAAGCCUUCCCUGCGUACCGAUGUAAUAAUUGGCGAAGCGACCUGGAAAAAGCCUGCCCGCAUGUGGGUUUCAUGGGUGAAGCUGCGGAUUGGAAUAUGAGAGGCAUAUUCUAUUUGUCUACUAAUUCUGAAGAACCAUUUGGCAGAGGCAUAAGGUCGUAGCCUGGAAUUAUUCAGGGAGAGGGUGCGAGCUCUGGACCAAAGCUUACCUUGGAAAAUGCAGCUUUAUGUGACGAAGUCGCUAAAAUCCAGGAAAGUAUUUUAAUCGUAAAAGAAGAACGAAAGUUUUUACUAAGAAAACUGAUGGAAUAUGAAAGUGACCCUGAUAUGGUAAUGACCUACCAGAGGAGUGAUAUUAUAAAUACAUCGGUAGGCUCCAGAGGAAAAUUGAAAAAAAGGAUUAGCUUUGAUGAUAAUGUAAAAAGUUCCAUUAUAACUUAAGUUUGCGAGAGUGAAUAGGCACUUACAGGGCAGUUAUGUACCAUCCUAGACUGCAUCUCACUUAACAUCAGGUGCAAUUGCGAUCAAAUACCUGCCUUGUCUUGCAUAAAAAAAACGUGUAAAUAUUAUUAAUUAUAUUUAUGAAGCUGUCAGUAUAAUUUAGCUUUUUAAACAGAUUUUUGAUUAGAUCAGUCUUGUAUUAAACUGUAAAUUCUUUGGAAGGUAAGUAUGGCAUUCAUGAAUUCAUUAAAUUAUAAUUUGGAAAUUGUAGCCAACAUUUUUAGUUGGUUGAUGACGUUGAUGUUAAUUAAGUUAGUGAGUGGGGAUAGUUUCUUCUUCAAAUCUUUAAUAGCUAGAUGUAAGUAAUAAAUAUUUGAAAAACUACUGUCAGGAAUAUUCUAACUUUUUAUAACCCAAUAUCAUUUAGGUACACAAAGUAAGAAUAACUUUGUUUUUUAAAAUAAAACAUUAUAUUCAGGUCA